AAUGGCAUAUAAGACGCCAAGAGGGCAAACAGACAGCUGUGGAACUCUAAGAAAGGAACGAAUAAAAAGGAAACAGAAUGAUGGGCCAUCAAGAUGUGGCGCCUUUAUGAGUUCUAAGUGCGAAACGCCCACAGAAUUCAUUAGAUUUUACAAAAGAGGUGAUUUGCCUUUAAUUGUUGAACGAAAUGACGUUAGAUCAGGUGUAAAGCUUAAAUGGAAGGUACAGAUUGAGCAACUAGACUAUCAUCAUUAUCUACCAAUAUUUUUUGACGGUUUACGUGAGACCACUGAACCAUACGGAUCUAUUGCAGAAAGAGCAGUGCACGAUAUGCUUGAACAUUGCCCUCACAAGACAAUCUUUUGUAUUCCUCAAUUAAUAAUUCCUUUGAAAAAGGCAUUAGAAACUCGCAAGGUUCGCAUAGUUUGUAAGACUUUAAAGGCCAUUCAACAUUUAGUUGAGAGUGGAGAAUCGAUAGGAGAGUCCUUGGUUCCCUAUUAUAGGCAACUUUUACCUGUUUUCAAUGUCUUUAAAAAUAAGAACGUAAACACAGGAGACGCUAUUGAUUAUGGACAACGUAAAAAUGAAAAUAUGGGAGAUUUAAUUGAUGAAACAUUACAGCUUUUAGAGAGAACAGGUGGUCCUGAUGCUUAUAUAAAUAUAAAGUACAUGAUACCAGUUUAUGAAAGUUGCGUUAAAAACUAA